AUUUCAUCUGGCGAUUUAGCCGUUCAUAUGAUCUUUUUGGAGGGUUGCGGAAAUGUCACUUUUUUCAACUUGGUCACGCGUCGCACAGGUGGUGGCUUUGUUUAAAUAGGACAUCUUCUUCACUUGCUUUCGACGUUUUAUUCCCCGUUCCACCCCAUUUUCUGCCUGCAAAAACAAAAAAUUAUCAGUGCAGUCUUUUUGGUUUCUUAUUGCUUUUGUAUAUAAAAAUCUCCCUUGUUUAUUUUUCGUUGUGCCAAAAACGAAGCCCCACUGUCACACCUGUUUGUUGGUUUCAAAAAUUGGUUUUUUCGUAUUUUUGAGUUUCCGCUGUUCAUCAUGUCACGUCUAAUGUCCUGCUCGUCAUCUGUCAAUACGAGAAAACGUACCUUUAGUCCGGUCAUUCUGUUUCAUGAUCAUCAAUUCGUCAGAGACGAAUCAGGUGACCUGGAACAUGUCCACAUUCCUUACAAUGAUCCUCAUUACGAACCGUUUAUUGAAUCUCAUCGUCGACGUAUCAAUCAGAUGCUGGAACACAACGGACGAUUCUGGUCUGAUAUUAUUCUGUGGUCCAGAGAACAUCCUACGACUGAUCAUCCAUCGCCAGUUCCUUCCCUUGCUUCGUCUCCUUCGCCCAUUAUGCUUCCUUCUCCUCCUAAAAGUUCUUCAACUCCGCCUCCCGCUGCUUUAACCACUCGUCGAAGAAGCCGUCUGCGACUAUCCAAGCCAUCGUUAUCAGCCGAUCCAAUGGUGCAUCGUGUACCUUCGCCACCAGCGGCCGUGGACGAUGUCAAACCUGCCGGUGUAAAACGUCGACGUGGUAAUCUUCCCAAAGCGGUCACGGCGGUUUUGCGGGAAUGGCUUUCACAACAUAAGAAACACCCUUAUCCUAGCGAAGAGGAAAAAGCCAAUCUGGCCAGACAAACCAAUCUGACACUGAAUCAAAUCAGCAACUGGUUUAUCAAUGCCAGGAGAAGAAUAUUACAACCCAUGCUGGAACUGGAAGCCGAACGUAAGAGUGAACUCGAUAUUUUGCCUUACGAUGCCCAUCAUUCAGACGAUGGAAUGGACCGACGAUCGAAAAAGCGUGCAGCCCUGGAUGGUUUUUCUCCCGCACGACGAUCGACGGCACGACGAAAAUGAAACACAUGACCGUUCUACCACAUUUUUCUUUUCUUUUCACAACUCUCCUUCCUCUUUGUCGAUUUAUAUAUUCUUGCUUGUAAUGUUUUCUAUUGUUUUAUCGUUUAUCCAUAUUCUUUCGUUUCAACGAUUUUUUUUUAUCUUUCUGAAUCUUUUGUAUCAUAUAUUAUUCUCUUAUUGCUUCUCUUUUUGUUUCUUCUCUCUUGCAGCCCAUUUAUUUGUGGGACCCCAUGAUAGAUCCUAUGCCCUUUAUUAUCUUCACUCUUAUUGUUUCUCGUCAUUUUACGUUAUCAAUCCUUUCUGUUUGAUUUCGCUUUCCUUCUCCUGCCUGGCGCAUCUCGUUGACCUUUUCUUUUAUUUUUGUGUUUACCGAAUAAUAAAAAGAAAAAAGAAAACCAAAAUGAAUCCUAUCAA